AUAACGACGAUGCGUUUCACAUCUGUUGGGAAUUUAGGGAUUUCCGUUUACUGAUCUCAGUCUUGAACUUCACUAUCGCAGUGAUUAUGGGGUUUCUCUUCUCAUCGUAACGCGCGCAGUUGCAGCUCCGAGAAAGGGUUUUCUUGCACCGCUAAUGAAAUUGCCGGGUUUUUCAGUUCUUGAGUAGAUUGUUUGUUCUCCUAGAAAGUAGUGGAUAUUAAAGAAGACCGAACUGUUUUGGAGGGAAAAUGCAGAGUAAAGAAGCAGUCGUGGAGGAUGGGGAAAUAACGUCAUCUGUGACUGUUCCAGACACUGAAUUUGACGAGUGGAACAAUUUUGGGGACGAUGACAUAAUGCAGCAACAGUAUUCAAUUCAGGCCGACGAAGCUAAGAAAGUUCCAUUUGUGGGUGACAAGGAACCGCUGAGUAGCUUAGCUGCUGAAUAUAAAUCUGGCAGUCCUAUCUUGCUGGAGAAAAUAAAGGUGCUUGAUGAGCAAUAUGCUGCCAUUCGUCGCACUCGGGGAGAUGGAAACUGCUUCUUUCGAAGCUUUAUGUUUUCUUAUCUUGAGCAUAUUAUGGAAUGUCAAGACCAAGCAGAAGUCGAUCGUAUCCAACCAAAUGUUGAAAAAAGUAGAAAAGCAUUGCAAACCUUGGGUUAUGCAGACUUGACUUUUGAAGAUUUUUUUGCGUUAUUCCUUGAGCAGCUGGAAUGUGUUAUUCAAGGGAAAGAGACGUCCAUAAGUCAUGAAGAGCUCGUUAUCAGAAGCCGAGAUCAGUCAAUAUCCGAUUAUGUCGUCAUGUUCUUCAGGUUUGUUACCUCUGCUGAAAUACAAAUGCGUACUGAAUUUUUUGAACCGUUCAUACUGGGCUUAACCAAUACAACAGUCGAGCAGUUUUGCAAACUAUCUGUUGAACCAAUGGGUGAAGAGAGCGACCAUGUGCACAUCACUGCCCUUUCAGAUGCAUUGGGCGUUCCAAUCCGUGUUGUGUACCUUGACCGCAGCUCAUGUGAUACUGGUGGUGUCAGUGUAAAUCAUCAUGAUUUCAUGCCAGUGGCUGGUGAUCUCCCAAAUGCUAGUUGUAGCUCCGUAAAGAAUAUUCCUUUCAUCACACUGCUAUAUCGCCCUGGUCACUACGAUAUCCUCUAUCCAAAGUGAUAAUCACAUUUUGGGUAAAAGACCCUUUGUUACUUUUUUGCGGAAAGAGCUCUCCGUUCUAUUCGGUUGCCAAAGGACACGUGUGGUCUGUACCUCGUUAAUGUUGAAUGGUAAAUUUUCUUGAAUGUUAUCUGUUUAGAAGAGAUUGAUCAACGAAGUACUUCAACAUUAACGCACUGAGAAUUAAAACUCA